CGCCUCCCUGGUCCGGGCCGGGGCGGGGGAGAAGGGUGGCAGUUAGGGCGCGCGUGCCAUGCGGUCUCGGGCGGAGCAGCAGCCAACCGUGGACAAGUUCUCCGCGCGCGGCCGGCCUGGCGCGGCGCUCCGGCUGUAGCCGUGUCAGCGUGUUAUGAUGUCGUCUCGUACCAAUCUGGCUACUGGGAUCCCCAGUAGUAAAGUGAAAUACUCAAGGCUUGCUAGCACAGAUGAUGGCUACAUUGACCUUCAGUUUAAGAAAAGCCCUCCUAAGAUCCCUUAUAAGGCCAUUGCACUUGCCACUGUGCUGUUUUUGAUUGGCGCCUUUCUCAUUAUCAUAGGCUCCCUCCUGCUGGCGGGCUACAUCAGCAAAGGGGGGGCAGACCGAGCUGUUCCCGUCUUGAUCAUUGGCAUCCUGGUGUUUCUGCCAGGAUUCUACCACCUGCGCAUCGCCUACUAUGCGUCCAAAGGCUACCGGGGAUACUCCUAUGAUGACAUCCCAGACUUUGAUGACUAGCACCCACCUCAUGGCAGAGAAGAAGAGUCAUCGAUGGCACAGACCCCUGUUUAAGACACUGGGCAGGAGCUAUAGCUAAGGGCCAAGGAAUUCUGUAGUUUGCAGAUGUUUAACAAAACUGUGGCCAGAUUUUGUGGGUCUAUCCCAAAGAUGUUAACUGAGCUUACAAGUAGCUAAUUAGGACAUGCUUUGUUUUUCAUCUCCUGGGCCUGGCGAAAACUUGUGAUGAGUUUUUCCACGAGGCCGUAUCAUAGAAGAAUAGCGAUGCUGAUUGCACGGGGAAACAGGAAGUUCCUCUGUAGUGGGAAGUGUUGCACCACCACACUUUUUAGAGUUGAACAUCUCUUUUAAACAGGCUUCAUUGCUAAUUUGUUCUUGUGGCAAAUGGAAAAAUGCAGUAUGUCUUAUUCUUUUUUUUUUUUUUUUAAACUAAUUUAUUUCGAAAAUAGAUAUCUAAGUAUCUUAUCCCCUACACUUAAUCUCUGACUUUGCCUUCUGGCGGAACCCAGUGAUUGGUAAAAAUCAGGUAUCAGCGUGACCACAUCUGUAAUAUUUUUUUACUUGCCUAUGACGGCACCCAGAACUUUCUGAAACCUCAGAGCAGGUUUUCAAAACGUAAAAAUUUUCUUCAUUCACCAGUCUUUGGUCAGUUCUAAUCUAGUUCACUGAAAGGUUGGCCGGCAUGUAACUGGGAUUGUUCUGUCCUUCGCAGAUCAAGGGGUUCCUUAUAUCAUGCCUGUAAGGACUGGAUUCUUGGCUGUUCCCUAAUGGAAAAUGUAAAUAAGUGGUAAUUAUCUAGAUUUGUGCAGUCUCGUCAUUAGCACCUUGUAUUACAUCGUUUUACUGAACCUCCAAAGAUGGCCUGGAUCACUAGAGAACUAAACAGUUUAGUUCGAUUCUGUUUCCUAGCUUGCAAAAGUGACAUAUUCCAAACAAUUAAAAUGUCAGAAUCCAAAGCCCAGUCUUAAAAUGAGUUGACUUUAAACAUGUUUCAGAAAAGCUCAGAAUGAUGCUGUGGUAUCUCUGAUUCCAGUACUCAAGACCCCUGUGGCUCUUAGGUAACUGGCACCGUCGGUCAGACUGCAUCUCAGUCAUUCCUUUACUCCAGGGUUUUCAGCCUGGACAAGUAGAAGACUGGGCAGUGCGAGUAACUGAGACUUAGAGGUCUGUGGGGAGAGCAAGUAUCGGGGGGAAGAUGAGUCCAAUUUUGGACGUCUUAAAUUUAAGGUGCCUAUUUGACAACCAGGUGGAGCUGUCGAGUAGCAGCUCCGAUGUACGCAUCUGGAGUUCAGGAAGGAGUCUGGGCUGGAGACAGAAACUUGGGAGUCCCUGUUUGGACAGUACCUAAAAGCCAUGGGACUGGAUGAGAUCACCAAGGGAGUGAGUGUACAUGGAGACAAGAAGAGGACUCAAGAAAUGAGGGACAAGGAAAGGGUGACCUGAGGUAGCUUCCAAGCUUGGGCACAUUGGGUAAUGGGAGUCCAGUCUUCUAAAGCCCUUGGGCCAUGACAGUGAAGGUGUGAGGAGAUGUAUAAAACUUAAUUUUGGGCAUUGUUUGCAAAGCUCAGACUGGAAGGUUUUGGUCAAACCAGAUUAUUUGGUCCUUUUUAUAUGGUCAUGACGCUGCUGGUAAGAAAAAUAGACCAGAAGGCUAUAAUGUGAAAACAUCUCCAGCCCCAUUCCCCAAUGUUGUCCAAUUAAGUUUCUUGUACAGUGUACCCUUCCAGAAAUGCUCUAAGCACGUUAACAUAUAUAUCAUUUUUUUUUUUCCCCACUUAGCUCUAUUUUGUACAUCUUUCCGUGUCCACUCACAGGCAUCAGCCACAUUCUUUUUAGUGUACAGUAUAAUUUAUAUUCUUUUAGGACCCUGUGAUUGGUGCAUUAUAGUUUUCCAUUUUGUGUACACAAUCACAGGGUCCUAAGAGAAGAGGCCACAGGAGUCAGAUUCCAGCUAACUUCUACCUAGAGCAGGAAUUCCUUCUCAGGUGGUCCUGAGAAAUGGCCCUUGCUGUUCUGUUUGAACAUUCAGUGCUCAUUCCAGUUGGGAUUGUUAUGAAACCAUCUUUUAUUAAAAUUUACUCCCUGUAACCUUUAUGUGUUGACCAUAAUUGUAUCCUCUGGUGCUAUAGAAAAGAUCUAAACCUCCAUAAUAAUGGUGAGCGUUUCUGAAGCCUUGGCCAAGACAGCAUGCCAGGUGUUUUCAUUACCUAUUCUAUUUCAUUUAAUCCUUGGAAAAAUCCUGAGUUAGGUAAGAUUCUUAGCUAAUAGAAGGGGAGUAUUUGGGAUUCAAAUUCGGGCAAAGCUUGGAUUUCCCUUGCCAGGUGUGAAAGCCAAAGGUCUGUAGAAUCUGGACAAGUAAAAAUAAUGGGGUUGGGGGGGCAUGGGCAAUUAUGAAAUGUAUGUUUUACCUAAAAGCAGUCCCCUCCCCUUUUCUUAAGUGUUAGCCAAACCAUGUGCCAUAGCUUUAUAAGAAUUUUCUUCAGUAGUUUCCAAAGCUAAAAAUUCUCCCAAGGUGCUUCACCUGUUUGUGGGAUGGUGGUUCCAGAUCUCUUGCCACACUGGUGGGCCUCCUUUGGAUGCACUUCCCCUGGCCAGAUGUAUACAGACGAUUUCCUUUAUGUCAGGGCUUCUAGGUCCUGGCGCUACACAGGAAAAGAUGUGGCUUGGUCGGUAAGGCGCAGAAGUUGCAAAGUAGUCACAGAAGUUGACUUGCAUUUUGUUUUUACAAAUGAAAAGGAUCAUGUGAUCUUCAUUUUUUGUUUUUCUUGGGAAGUUGUGACUUUGUUACUGAGAGGGUACAACCAGCUGCAUCAAGGUAGUGGCCAGCUUGAGCUGAGCACGAGUCUGCAGAUCACCACAGGCCCUGCCACCCUGGUUGCUUUUUACACAGCGUGUUUAAUGUACCUCAUUAAGGGCCAAGAGUGGCUCACCAGCCCACAAAGUCUCCCACAGUGCUUUUGGCCACUUGAUAUUUGUUGAAUGAAGAACCACAAAACAGAGUGCCUUUCCACCCCCAGUGAGACGUGGUGUUUCAUCAGCUGCCUGGCAGGCCAGCUGCUCUUCAGCAGAGUUGGUGCUACCUGGUGAGUCACGCCUCCGCCUAGCAUCCUCUCUGCUUGGGGCAGUGAGCCCAGGUGACAGCCGCCUGCAAGUCCCUUCCUUCUCUGGGGUCUUCCAUCAUCCCUGCUAGCCGGCACAGGGGGCACCUGGUACUGGUAUGUGGUGAGGGAGCCAAGUGGAGGGAUGUGACCUUUUUUGAAAGGGCAUGUGCCAAAUCAAGCCACCUGAGUUGUCUUGAUAUGUCAUCUAAAUUCCUAUCGUGAGGCUUCUCUCCUGGCUUCCAUCCUAAAGGCUUCUGCUCACUGCCAGGAUUGACCUCACAGGUGUGUGGUUAGUCAAGAUUUAGUGCCAGGGGUGAGAAGGGAAGGGCACAGGCUUAUUGGCUACAAGAUAUUGGGCAAAUUACUUGGAGCCUCAGUUUCCUUAUCCUUCGUAGGAUUAAAUACAAUUGGGGAGAAUGUUUCGCACAAAGGCGCGCACAUAGCACCUAGUGAAUGGAGGCUGUUGUAUGAGAAAGUGAAGAUCACUCCAUUGGCUUAAGGGAAGCGAUUCCUGGGUGAAGCAGGGGAGGCAGGGAGAGAAGCCAUCUGUUAUCCCUGGGGCCCUCCUGAGGGACCUGCUGCCUCAUGGGUGGGACUCUAUCCUGAGCCAGCCUCCUGUCCCUGGCCCGAUUCGAUUCUUCUAAGCAGCUGGGUCUGGGAGGCUGUGCUCCAGUUCUCUGAAACCAGAUGGGAAGGGAAGGGGUGAAGGAAGGACCAAAGCACUCCCUUGUAGCCAUCAGGUGGGCCAGAGAGGCCACUGGCCCAGAAGUCCCUGAAGAGGUGGUGCAGCUGGGACAUCAUCAGACUUUUCCAGCUUUCUCCCCACGGUCCCCAGGUUUGCUUCUCCCUCUGCCCUUCCCCUCAGGUUACUCAAGGUGUGGUUUGUGGAGGAGCAGCAGCAGCACCUGGGAGCUUGUUAAGAAAUGCAGAAUCUGGGGCCCAUCCCAGACCUGUUAAAUCAGAACUUGCAUUUUAAAAGGCCCCUGGGGGUGUUGUUGGCACUUCAGUGAGAAGGCUAGUCUGCAACACCUGCUUCUGGCUCAUUUCUGUGCUUUGGGACUGGAUGUCCUCAUAGAGCCCAAAGGACAACACCAAUGGGUGUGUCUGGGGGGCCGGGGUCACCCAGAACGUAUAUACCCUCCUUGCUCCACCAUUAUUUUCUGGCCAAAACACGUAACUCCAGGGUCUUAGGCAGCAAGUCUUUGUGAAGAUGCAUGUUGUGAGCAUUGAGAAAAUAGGAGAUGGACCACAUCUACUGUGGCCUCCACUAGACAGUCCAGCACAACUAGAUGGUGCCUGGCUACCACCACUGACUGCUUCGACAGGGAUCACAACAGAGCAUCCUGAACAUAGCUUGAGAAAAAAGUAGAACAAAAUCCUAACUCAAAAAAAAAAAAAAAAAAAGACAA